ACGAGCGGACGCGGAGGGUUGAAUCGCAGUCAAGACCCGACGGUACAAGAGUGAAAGUUUUUGUUGUUUAGUUCAGACUCCAGUGUGUUCUAAUUUUAAAAAAAAAUUAUAUUCGUAUUGUGAUCAUUUAUACCGUGCUGUUCCCUCGUGCGCUGUGCUACUACUGUGUUAUCAAAACUAAGAAGGAUAUACCAAACUUUGACCAGUCUACAAACAAUCGGAUUACACACGCUUCUUAUGUGGAGUUAAACAGUUUCCUACAUUGGUCAUCAAUGGUCACCACUACAUAGUACAAGUGAUCGUUUACUUUUUCUGUGGAUGUUAAUUCAAAGUUAAUCAAGAAAUGAGUGAUGACCACACUGAAUUGAUUUCAUAAUAUCGGAUUACAGCUUGACAAGCCAUCCGUAAUGAGCAUCCAAAUGUCGAAUGACGGUUCGUGUGACCUGUCCGUCCAGUCGACGCUUGGCGCCCUGCACAUCCCCGUGUCGCACACCUUCAUCCCCUUCCAGCAGUACUCGCUCUCCGACGCCGCAGGACUCCGGAACCCGUCCGACGACAACAACAACAAAUCGGCCUUGCCUGUCGUGUCGGUGGUGACGGCGGUCCCCGGACUGUGUCCGGCUAUUCCUGUGGUCAGUAUGCAACAACAAGCCCAGCUAUGUCAGUCUGUCGUGGCGUCGAACAUCAUCCCGGCAGUGGUGACGCCCAUGACAGUCCAAGCAGCGAACGGGUUGACAUCAUCCACCACCAUGACCAUGGCCAACGCCAUCAGCAUCGCCAACCACCUGGCCAUGCCAACAGCCCAGCAGCAGCAAACCAUGGCCAACGCCAUCAACUUGAGCCCACAAGCCAACAACAUCAAGACAAACACCAACAGUUCUUCCAUGACACCAUCGCACCCUCAACACACCCAGCCCAGCAACAAAAACACAACCAACACCCCCAACUCGAACUCAACUCCCAAAACCGGAAGUUCCAGCAGCGCUAAAUCCUCGUCCACUGGCAGCCAGAGCAUAAGUUCCGAGCAAGCAGACGAUCUGGUCAAGCCUGUCUUCAAAGACGGUGAACUAGUCCUGGAGGUUGAAUGCGGCCAGAACAAGGCCAUCCUAUACCUGUCCAAAUUAUGCCAGGGAAGCAAAGGACCGUGCAUCAGUUUCCAGAGCUCCUGGCUGACCCCCAACGAGUUCCAGUUCGUGUCCGGCCGGGAAACGGCCAAAGACUGGAAGCGGUCAAUCCGGCACCACGGGAAAAGCCUGAAACUCUUGUUAGCCAAAGGAAUUUUAAACGUGCACCCUACCAUGUGCGACUGCGACGGCUGUCGACAGGGAGCCACUUUGACUCGCAAGGGAGAGAAGCGACGAAUCCCCAACGGCGAGAGGAAGCCGAGGAAGCCCAAUAGCAGCUCCAGCAAUGCCGGCACUGAUGGGCACGUGGCCGGCGUCUUCCGGCCUCCAGGCACCGGCACAAUGGCUACCAAUCUUUCUUCAUCUGGGGGCGCUCAGGCUAAACCGGAAGUCAAGCGUCAUUCCGCUGACAAGUCCAAGAUGGCGGAUGUCACACCACAAAGCCCAGCCAAAGACACAGGUGUCAAUCUUGCCAAACCAGGUGUGUCGGUCAAGUCAAGUCAACGUCCUGCCUCUCUAAGCACAAACUCUGACGCCAACAAACAACCAGCUCAUAAACCCGCUGACGCCGCGUCCCCCAAACAAGACUCCGCCGCUCCAAGUGGGGGUAUGACUCACCAGCACACCCCCUCCACGCCAGUGACUCCCAACAAACUACCUGUGAAUUUCUCACCUGGAUUUAUGCCAGGCUACGCCGCUGCCAGUCCAUUUUUCAUCACGUCGGCCCACGCCCACCCCGCGCUGGCCGCCACUGACAAAUGCCACAUGUCCAGCAACCCGGACAACCCGCAAAUGCUCAGCCCGAACGUGCCGCUGAGUGACCAGGCUCAAACUCCACUUGCGUCCAGUGGAUGUGAGCAAAAGGUCAAUGCUCCACCAAGAGACAAUGACCAUUCUCCAACUAGAGAAAAUGACCAUGCUCCACCAAGAGACAAUGACCAUGCUCCACCAAGAGAAAAUGACCAUGCUCCACCAAGAGAAAAUGACCAUUCUCCACCAAGAGAAAAUGACCAUUCUCCACCAAGAGAAAAUGACCACGAUCCACACAGAGAAGAUGGCGAUGACACUUCCGCCAGCGAACAAUACGACGACGACGACAUUUCUGAGGCCAACAUGGACGACGACACCGACGACGAGGACCAGUCCGACGACCCCAACAAAACCAUCGAUAACCCACUCCCGGAAGUCGAUGAGAAACCGGAAGCGGACGAGAAACUCGCAAACCAAGCCCAAACGACGGAAAACUGCGAGAUUAAAGACGAGACAGAACCAGACGCCUCUUCUGUAAUCAAACCAGAGGUCUCAACAAUAAAACCCGACCUUCAACCCUCACCCAAGGUCAACGCUGAAGAUCCCAGUGUCCCCGAUAACACCCCUGUUAAAGAUGGAUUCCAGAAAUCUGAAAAUCUUCCAACCCUUCCUGCCAACAGUGGUCACAUUUCGGCUCUGUUAGCCCCGCCCCCCAUGACGUCAUACGCCUUCUCCGGGCCAGUCCCCCAGCCGCUGUCCGUCUCUGUGGCCCCCAACAACGUCAAGUCCGAGCACAUCUGGGUGCCGCCCACCCUCUCCCCUCACAACUCGGACGACCACAUCCACCGCGUCCUCAACACCACUCACGGGGCUAAAUCGCCCUCACAGCGCCCUCAUCAUCCCGACGGCGCUCAACGUCACGACAACCAUUCCCGUCACGACACCCAUUCCUCCCCGCACGGCGCCAAAGACACCACCGGCGUGAAAAAAUCCCCCGAAAACGCUCACAAACACACGGAUAAAAAAGACGCACCAUCGGCAAAAUCGGAAAAUCCCCAUCCUAAAGGUUUCCACAGUAUAGACAGACAUUUGAAUCAUAACACAGACUCCGCUAAAAGAGAAAGUUCAGAGGCCGGGCACUCGAAAUCCUCGGCAUCAGAGGAUAAGAUUAAAGAGAAAGAGAGAGAGGAUAGGUAUAAACAAAAAGUUCGCGAGGAGAGGAACAGGAAAGAUAGGGAGAGGGAUGAGAGGAGAGACAGGGAGAGGAGAGACGAAAAAGAGACAGAGAGGAAGAGGUUAGAAGAGAAGGAGAGACGUGAUGGAGGCAAGGAGAGCAGCAAACAGGACAGGACGAGCUCCACCCCCGUGGGGGGCUCCGUGGACCCCUCACGUCGCCCCACAGGUGGGGUGGCAGACGCCGCCGCCUUCAGUGAUUACAUGCGCGUGCUGGCGGCAGGUCACGGACACACCUUCAACAUGCCACCCACUCCUACGUAUAUGCCAUCCCUGUUUCAAAUGCGCCCCCAAGAAACCGCCCUCCCCUCCCACCUUCUUCACAUGAGCGCCUACGGAGCCCAGCUGGGCGGUAUGCCGAAAGACCCCCUGCUGUAUCAGACCCCCGCUGGGGCGCUGGCCAGCUACGGACACCCCUCAUUUGCCCAGCUGCACCCCCUGUUACAACGCCACCAGUACGCCGCCCAGCCGUCUUUAUUGGACUACCAGAGGUCGCUGGCCGCAGCCUCGUAUCCGUGGACUGCCGCAUAUCCAUAUCUCAUACCGGAAAUGGCCGCAUCAAGCUCAACCGUGGCCGCAGGGACCAAGCGGCAUUCCACCGAAAUGGAAGCGGCAAUGGAGUUUAACGCUAAACGAAUGAGGAUGGACGGGCGACCACCGGAGUACACCUCACCAUGGGAGUACAUCGCAGCAGCUGCCGCCUCACAACAGCAGCAACAACAACAACAACAGCAGCAGCAGCAACAACAACAGCAACAACAGCAGCAGCAGCAAGAACGUAUAGCAAUGGCCAGGGCCAUCCCGUGUGGCCUAGAGUCAGCCAGCAUGGACAGCGCGGCCGAAAUGUUGCGCAAGCGUUACAUGGAAUAUGGGCCACAGGCCAUGGCCUACUUAUCCGCUCUGCCGGACUACGCCAGGCCGAUGUACCACUGCGCAUGUGCGGACCAUCGAGACGAUGACAUCAGGAUGUGGAAUGUGGAAGAUGUCUGCAAAUUCUUAAACUCUUUGGAAGGAUGUGGCAUUUAUUCUGAUCACUUCCGUGAGCAGAGGGUCAACGGUCGCAUCCUGGCACUGCUGAGCACUGACCACCUGGUCAAGACGCUGGGCAUGAAGCUUGGGCCGGCCGUGCUUCUGUCUGAGGCCAUCGCCAAGAAGCUGCAAGACAUUAGCAAGAUGUCAAACUGUGAUGCCUGCAGGAGCAUAGCCAUGAGCCACACUAUGCUGCCCAUGGCCCUCCCACUGUAGUGAGGCCCGGAGCCAUAUAAUGGAGGAGACAUUGGUCUA